AUGGAUCCGGAUCCUCAAACGCCAGUGCGGCGAGCGAAUGAGUCCUUGGGCUCACCUCCGUCCCAGCCGGCGCGAGCCCACCUCGGACGUCCCGCCGCGCCGACAUCGACAUGGGCGCCCGAUGCGGAGCUGUCGGUGGGAGACUCGUUUGCGUACCUCGAGCCCCUCAGCCAACCACCCUCGCAACGAUCGGGACUCUCGCGAGCUCCGUCCCUCAGCCGAUUCCCCAGCCUCGGCACGUUGGACCCCCGUCCUCUGCCAGAAUCGCCACGGCGGCCGAGCAUUCGGAUUCGUCCCAGGUCCAGUUCCCGCCCCUCGCACGGUGGUGCCUUGCCGGGAUCGGAUGCUGCGCUCGCUGCUCCUGGAGGAUUCAAUAUUCGCGGUAGGACAAGUCGGCCGAGAAGCAUCUCGCAGCCAACGACCGAUCUCGGAUCGAGCGACGGCCCCUUGGCUUCGGUGGAAGGAAACUCUCGGCGGCUGCCGCAGCAGAUAUCGCUGCCGCGUCUGACGGAAGAAGGCUCGAGGCCGACGACGGACGAGCUUGCCGCGACGAGAUCACACCUACCUCUAACUCCAACGCUGUCCCUGCCGGAACAUGCCUUUAGCCGCAGGAGAGAAACAGGUGACGAAGCCCGACGAAAGCGCCUCGGUCGGGUGAGUCGCCUCUUUCGGCCAGGCGCGAGCAAACGAGAGGCGCAGGCACCAAGCAGCAAGGUGCGGGAAGAGGAGAGCGAAUACAACGAGGAGCUUGUCGACUGGUUGGACAUCAUCGGUACGAAGCUUACGCCCAGCCCUCCCGGCGUUGCUGACCCCGAGGUCCAGGCUCUUUCCACGCUUACCAACGUUCAAAACUCACUCUUCAUUCCCGAUCUCGGGAGCUGGGUGAAUCGUCGGCCGACCUACGUUCUCUCCCCUCGAGACAUGCAGCCGAUCCGACGGGUGCCGGCCGAUGCGCACCCGAGCCCAGCCGACGGGUCGGAGACGGAUGCGGAGACGGAUGCGGAGGCAGAGACGGGCAACGGCGAAGCUCGACGACAGCGCUCUGCGAUGCAGCGUUCCAGCACCAUCACAUCGCGGCUGACCGAUGCGCAUUACGCAGCGUUACCCCACGGUCGCUCACUCGAAGGCUGGACCGACGACGAAAAGUGGGAGCUCGACGACCAGGUUCGCCACAUGCUGCACUCGCGUCGCGCUCGCUUCAAGCGCAGCAUGAAGGGCUUUGGCCAAUACGUCCGCCGCCCGCUCGGCUUCUUCGUCACCCUCUACGCCACCCUCAUCACCCUCUUCGGUCUCGCCUGGGUGCUCUUCCUCAUCGGCUGGAUCUACGUCGGCGAGAAGCAGGUCUACGCCAUCCACAUCAUCGACAGCGUCCUCGUCGCCCUCUUCGCCAUCAUGGGCGACGGUCUGGCCCCUUUCCGAGCCAUCGACACCUAUCACAUGUUUUUCGUCGUGCGGUACUCGAGGAUGCUGGAGAAGGCAGGGAGGCAGCCCCGACUACGGCUGCAGAAGCGCAGGACGCCACCGGAGGUGCAGGCGAAAUUGACAUCGGACGCGAGCCUUGCAGCCCCCCAGCCGUCACAAAAUCAGUCAGUUCCGCCGGCGACGACGGCAGGUGCCGAGGCGACGCCGUCAAACGACGCAGCCGACGUCGAAGACGGCAAGUCGGACAGCGCCAUGUCGGGAUACCACAGCCUAACGGCGAAGCAGCGAAAGAGGUUGUCACACCACCAGGAGAAGCUCGCCAAGUCGCACAGCUUCUACAAGCCGGAGGAGACCUUGACGCACUACUCCUUUCCUCUCGGCUACUUGAUGGCCAUUGUCAUCCUUCUCGACUGCCAUUCGUGCCUGCAAAUCUCCCUCGGCGCCUGCACGUGGGGCAUCGACUACCACGUCCGACCGUUUGCCCUCACGACGGUCAUUCUUUGCAUGAGCAUCACGUGCAACCUGACGGCCGGCUUGAUCAUCACGAUGGGCGACCGCAAGACGAGAAAGAAGAAGGUGCUGGAACUGCUGAGCCGGCAGGCGUUGACGGAGGAUGCCAUUCGACAUAUUGAGAACAGGCGAAGCAGGGUGGGCGGAGGAGGAGUUCAUUCAUAG